UGGGCACACCAGCGGGGAGAUCGAUUCGUCACGGACGGGUUCGUCUGCCAUAGACUGGUGCGCCGUCGGUGGAGUGGUUAGGACUUCUGCAUUGAUCCACAGCUCGGCCAACUUCCGCUUCCAGCUCUAGCUCCGGGUGCUUUUCCGACGUUACACGACUUUACGAGACGCUCCCCGAAUGAAAUGAAAUGGGGGUACCGCUCCUAGUAGACCGGCUCCAUGAAAAUUUCAUCCUGCCCGCCGCGGGGGUGGACCAAUCGUCCCAUGACCCAACUUCCACCCUGUCCGCACACAGCGCGGCACGGGUAUGGUGGCAACGGGUAUGUACGCCCUAUAGGUAGGGUAGAAGGGGAAAUACGGAGAACACCGCUGCUACAACGCAGUCUCGCCCUGUGUCGGAGCCCAACUCUCUGGAGGGUGUUGGUUGAAGAUGGUCGAUGUCUUAGCCUGCCGCAGACGUACUUUGGCUUUCACAGGGUGAAUCGCAAAGGAUUCAACCCCCCGGCCUACACGCUUGAGGAAACGGUCUUAUGCCAAACCGCCUAACACCAGCAGCCGAAUCUGGUCACAGCAACCGCCGGUAGGUGCGGUCUGUUUAUGAUCUGACGGUCCCAAGGACAGGUUCGCGGCACAACAACGAUGCAGCCUCUGCGAUGCGAUGUCGAGGGAACAGAACAGUUACGGAGCCGACGAAAACGAUGACGGACUGGCUCAAACCCUUGGACGAACCCCGCCUGAGCUAGCAGAAGUGUGCACCUUGAAUAGUCCACGAACCAGGGACAUGGGUCCCAUCUCUUCCGACGUCAAGAAGUCAAAGACUCAAGCCCGAGUCGCAUCAAAGCUUGACACAUCCUGUCCCCAUGUCAGGCAAAACAAACGACCCCACCACAUGAAGGACGUCUCUUGGCCGGCCAUCCCAAGUUGGCAGUCCUUAGCGUCAACCUGGUGAUCAAUAAGUACAGACGACGCCCCGGGGCCAGCAAAGGAGGUGAUGGUCCUGCAUUUUCGGCCUUCACUUCUGGAGAAGUAUAUUGUUUCGUCGCCAAGGAGCGAGCUCAUACCUCCCGUUGCCAAGCGGACCGACUCUCUCCUCCACCACCAUGGCUAUUGCAGCGGAGACCGCCGCCGAGGCGCGUACGAAGCUGGCGUACCAGAACCGAUGGAAGACACUCGCGAACAACCCUAAAAUUGUUGUCAUUGCUCUCUUCGCUUCGUUUGGUGGUUUCGAGUAUGGUUACCAGCAAGGAGUCUUGGGCCAGUCGCUCGUCAUGACACGCUUCAUCGACAACUUUCCAUCCGUCGUCGGAUCGUCCAGCGCAACCGGCUGGUUGACGUCCAUCCUACAGCUCGGGGGUAUCCUUGGCUCCGUUACCGCUGGUGUCUUUGGUGAGGUUUACUCCCGCAAGUACACCAUGUUCUCGGCUUGCCUCUGGGUCAUCCUUGGAAGCUACCUGUACACAGGAGCGAGCUACCACAAGCCGGAGCUUCUAUACGCCGGCCGUUUCUUCACCGGACUCGGUGUCGGCACCUUCAGCGGUGUUGGCCCUCUAUACAACGCCGAACUCGCCGCGCCCGAGAUGCGCGGCUUCAUUGUCUCGUUUUACCAGUUCGCCACCAUCCUGGGUAUCAUGUUGAGCUUCUGGAUCGGCUACGGCAGCAACUACAUCGGCGGCAUCGGCGAGGGCCAGUCGGAGCUCGCAUGGAGGCUUCCGUCAUACAUCCAGGGUGUGCCGGCCGUCCUCCUUGCGCUCGGUAUCUGGUGGUUGCCCUUCUCGCCCCGCUGGCUUGUGAAGCAAGGCCGUGACGAGGAGGCCGUCAAGACGAUCGCCUACCUCCGCAAGCUUCCUGAGGACAGCGACCUCGUCCAGGUCGAGUUCAAGGAGAUCAAGGCCGAGGCCCUCUUCGAGCAGCGCGCGUUCCAAAAGGCGUUCCCCCAGCUGGCCGAGAAGGAGAAGACCAGUGUCUGGAUGCGCGAAGUGGCACAGUAUUGGCGCAUUGUCCGCGAAUGGGCCCAUUUUAAGCGAGUUGCAACCGCUUGGUUGGUAAUGUUCUGGCAACAAUGGAGCGGCAUCGAUGCUAUUAUAUACUAUGCGAGUAACGUGUUCCAGAGCCUCGGUCUCACCGGCGGAACGACUGCUCUUCUCGCUACCGGCGUCACUGGAGUCGUUUUCUUCAUCAGCACUUUGCCCGCCAUGGCGUUCAUCGACAAGGUUGGCCGCAAGCCCAUUCUGAUUGUGGGUUCUCUGGUUAUGCUGGUUUCCAUGGUCAUUCCUGGAAUUAUUGUGGCCAAGUUUAGCCACGACUGGCCGGGCCAUCCUGUUGAGGGCUGGGUCGCGGUUGCGUUCAUCUGGAUCUACAUUGGGGCAUUCGGUGCUUCAUGGGGUCCGGUUUCUUGGACGUUGAUCUCGGAGAUUUUCCCCCUUUCCAUCCGUGCCAAGGGUGCUUCUAUCGGCGCAUCCAGCAACUGGCUUAACAACUUCGCCGUCGCCUUCUACGUGCCCUCGAUGCUCAAGAACUGGGAGUGGGGUACCUACAUCUUCUUCGCCGUGUUCCUCGCCGCCAGCAUCGUGUGGGUUCACUUUUGCCUUCCCGAGACCAAGGGCGCAACCCUCGAGGAGAUGGACCGCGUGUUUGGCAGCAACACGGGCGCCGAGGACAGCAUUCUGCUGGCGCAGGCGAGACGGGAUGUUGGCCUGACGGAGGACCUGGAGGAUAGCGCCAUUCACGCCGAGAAGAAAGGUCUCAGCGAGACACACCAUGAGUCUGCCUAAAGCCCCCCAUGGGAUGGGAAACAGCUUGUCUUGUCACGAACUCCGAUGCCAAUACCGAUAUCAGGUCUACUUCAGGAGGUAGUCAACGCAAAAUAAUAACGACGGAACUCCCGAGAAAGGGCUCGGAAUUUAAUCAAGUUUUUUUGCCCUGCCCCGCGUGUGUUUCAUGCUGAACAUCUGUAAAGUCCACAACAUGAGUGGUUUCUGCUCUCUCAGUUGUCCCGCGUCUGAUUUCCAAUCUUGUCGCCCGGCAUACGGACCGGAAAACCGGCCCUCGGCUCCGUCCCCGUCCGGGGGAUGUGGGGACAAGACGGCGUCAGGGCCAUGAUACGCUGAAGAUGGGCGAAAAUUGCGAGACAACCAGCAAUGAGGUCCCUAGAAACUGAACAUCAUGGU